AAACGUCACCCAAACAACUCAAAACACCCAGGCACUACUUUCCUGUUUAUUUUGUAACUUUUGUGAAAGCCUACGUGUUGAACAUGGCGAGACACACCAUAGGAGCAGAAAGGCUCAUAGCGCCAAAUGAUUUUAGUACACCAGCGGGUUCACGGACUAUCCAGGAUGACCUCGUACCUCCAUCGCAUUUCACAUCAAGUGUCAAGUCUGCGGGGGCACAAAGAAGCGUUCAAACUGCAGAGAAACAGCCACCCAUCUCCUGGGUAAAACAUGGUGUACCAUCAGUUUCCUCAGGGGAUCGCCAUCCUGCAAAUCCAUGGCUCGCGUUCACUCAGGCCCAACAGGAAAUAUUGGAACUGAGGAAGGAAAAUCAAAGGAUCAUGAUGUUACAAGGAGAGAGCAUAAGAGGAAAUAAUCCUGUGAAUCACCCGGCAGACCUCAUGGCAAGAUGUGGAGAGAGAAGUGAGCAAUGGUCCAGAUUGGAGUCAGAGUGGCGUCUCGAGGCAGAGAAGCACAAGGCUGAAGCUGAAAGGUUGAAGGGACAGGUGGAGGCCCUGAAGGAGACUGCAGGGAGACACAGGGAAGAGAUGAGAGACAGAGACAGCACCAUUAACCGACAGAGCCAUGAGUUGGAGGCAGUGCGUGAGGAGCUACGUAAGGCUAAGACCGAACUCAGCCAAAUCAGAUUGGAGCUCACUCACAGCAACGCACAAAAGGAGAAAAUAAGCUCACAGCUUGAAAGACUUGAAAGAGAGUCUGGUGAGGAAAUUACCAAACUGAGGAGGGGUGUAACGAAGAGUGACAAGGAAGCCCAGGAGCUCACUCUAAAGGCAGAAAUGAGCAGGUUACAGGUUGUGGAGGAGGCAAAACAGCAGACUCUUAGAUUAUCAAAACAGUUGGAGGAAAUGCAGAAGAAGCAGGAGAUGCAGCUCCAACAGUUAAAUGCUUCCCACUGUGCAGAGGUGGGUACUGCAAGAAACACAAUCACUGAACUACAGGGUGGACUUCAAUCGAUGAACUCAGACGUGCUGCAGCUAAAAAGCACUCUGAUGGAGGCAUCUACUGAGAGAGACGGGCUGAAAGAACAUUUAAGCCAAAUGGGACAAGCUUUUGAGACACAAUCUGCCACACUGCACAGCCUCAGAAAUUACAUCGGCCAACUUGCCCCAGAGAAAGAAGAAAAGCAACAAUUAAAUGAAGCUGUUGAGAGGCUGAAUGAAGAAAAGGCAGCUCUUCAGAUGACAACAGAGCUCUUGAGAGUCAGGUUUAACUCUGUGAAUGAGAUACUCGCCCUCCAAGAAGAGAAAAUGGCAAAGAAGGUCAUGACGGACCCACUUAUGAAGAAUGGAUCUGAAGGCCUUCAAGUGCUUCAGCUCUGGAGAGAGAAAGUGUUCAAGUUAUGCGUCCAGCUUCGCUCAAAGGAUAUUGAACUAAGAGGAGAGAAGGAUACAGUUCUUUCAAAAGUCAGAUUCAUGGAGCAGCAGCUCCAGCAGGAGCAGCACCGGGCUAAUGUGCUCCAGCACAGUCUGGAUGACAGGAUAGCUGAGCUGGACCUGGAGAGAAUGGAGAAGGAGACAUUGAAACAGGACUUGGCAAAGGAGCAGAAGGAGAACUGGCACCUAAAGUCACAGAGCCAGAAAGAAGAGGCUGAACUUGAAAUCCUGACAGAGGCAGUGCAUAGGUUCAGUCUGGCAUUUGAAAGCAGGUUGGCAGAAGUGGACACUGCUCAAGCGAGGCUCAGCACUCUGACCCAGAGGCUAACUUUUGCUAAAAGACGUGUGGAGACAAUCCAAGGUUUGAUCAUGAGGAAGGUGGCUUUGCAGAAAGUUCAGCAGGCCAGCAAACAGACAGAAGAAGCUGCUGACAGCAUCACAGACCUUCAGACGGAGCUUAGUUUGGUGUGUGAAGAGAGAGACAAGCUCACACAGGAGCUCAAAAGAACCCCGGAGCUCAUUGAGAGAGCUCUGGCUGAUCUGAAAGAACAGUAUGAAGGCAAGCUGAGGCAGCAGCAGCAGCAGCAGCAGCAGGCACUGGAGCUGAGCUGGGCAGAGGUCCGGCAGGCCAUGGCUGGCAGAGAGGAGGCCGAGCAGAGUCUGCAGCAGAUCCAGGCCCAGCUGGAGGAGAGCAAGGUCAACCUGGAGAAACUCUGCGCUGAGCUGCUCAGCCAGCAGGAGCGCAGCGAAUGUGCCCUGCAGGAGAGAGUGUCUGAGAUUGAAGACCGCUGUGCGGAGAAGCUGAUGGAGAUGGAGCUUCAAGUCAAUACUGCCAGGAGAGAGCACACGAAAGCAGUUAUGACUUUGCGGCAGUUUGAGAGAGUGGCAGCAAGGAAACAGGACGAGAUGAGAGAAACUCAGCAACACACAAAGAAGAAAGUCCAGAAAAAACACCUAAAGGAGACGGGGAUGGACAAUAAACCACUGCUGGACACUGUCACUGACAGAGGGCUGACAGGUGAGUAUACAAGAGCUCUAGAAAAAGCUGCUGCUUCCAGAGAACAUGAAGAAAAACUGCCCCGCUCUUUGGAGACAAAAGUAGCUGCAGACGGGAGGCUGCUGUCUGUUUUGGAGGAGCUCCAUUCUCUCAGUGUGGCGCUGGCUAAUAGCUCUGAGGACUCUGCGGAGGAGGAUGGGGAGGAGGAGGAGAGGGGACAGGCUGACAGCGUGGGACCAUCGACAGGCAGUCCACACAGCUGACGAUGACUCACUCAGUGGAGCCAGUGAACGCACCUUUCAUUUGUACAUAAGGUGGGCGGUGUUGGAAAAAAAAAAUCACUUGCUGGGGAUAAUUUGUUUGAGCCAAACAUCAGAAAACCACGUGUGUCACAUUGCUACUGGUGUAUUAUAAAAAUGAUGGAUGAAGGCAGACACAGUAUCCUUGAAUUUAACACAAAUUUAAAUCAUAAAGUAAGUUUGUAUGCGUCUGUCUUCAGGAUGACUAUUAUAACAGUGAAUACUUUAAAGUAAAUUCAAUUAAAGUAAAGUAGAGGAAGAUCUGUUUUUCUCUAUAUAUUUUCUCACUUAAUUUAAUUAAUAUUUACUUUUUUAAAAGGCCCAUAUUGAUGGGCUUGAACUGUUCCCUUUUGAAUCACUGCUUUACACCUUAAUAUGUUUACUACGAAUAGAAUAUAUACUCAAUGUUUAUGCAGAUAACUGGACAGAUGGUGAUUAGUUCAUAUUCAAACAUGUGACUAGAUUUGUCAGUUUAUUUAUCAGAAGGCAAAAAAAUAAAUACAGCUGACAUAAUCAUCUGGUCUUGCUAAAGUGAAAAGAAGUCUGUUCUGGUGACUUUGAUCCUAGAUGUUUAUGUGAUGGUUGUUCUUUUGGUGUGUUAAUAAAGUAUUUUGAUAUUGCGAUUA